CCACUACUCGCCCAGCCGAUCUUCUAGACUUCUCCGACGUCGCCGCCGUUGACGGAGACAGGCCUGCCAACGACCAAAGCAUGAAGAUCAACAUCGCAAACCCCGCGACUGGGGCCCAAAAGCUCGUCGACUUCGACCAGGAGAGGCAUUACCGUGUCUUCUACGACAAGAAGAUCGCUCAGGAGGUUCCUGCCGACUCUCUUGGCGACGAAUGGAAGGGCUACAUUUUCCGCAUUACAGGUGGCAAUGACAAGCAGGGUUUCCCCAUGAAACAGGGUGUCCUCCUCCCCCACCGUGUCGGUCUUCUCCUCUCGGACGGCCACUCAUGCUACCGGCCCCGCCGUACUGGUGAGCGCAAGCGAAAGUCCGUCCGUGGCUGCAUCGUCGGCCCCGAUAUCGCUGUACUCUCCGUCGUUAUCGUCAAGCAGGGAGAGAACGAGAUCCCCGGACUGACCGACACCGUCCUUCCCAAGCGUCUCGGCCCUAAGCGUGCAACUAAAAUCCGCCGCUUUUUCAACCUCUCGAAGGAGGACGAUGUCAGGAAGUACGUCGUUCGCCGGGAAGUCGUCUCCACUAAGAAGGAAAAUGCCAAGCCAUACACUAAGGCUCCCAAGAUCCAGCGAUUGGUCACCCCCAUCCGUCUCCAGCGCCGUCGUCACCUCCGCUCUCUCAAGCGCCGCCGGAUCGAACGCCAGAAGGAGCAGAAGACCGAGUACGACGCUCUGCUUGCGAAGCGCCUCGCCGAGAGGAAAGAGAAGGUUGCGUCGGUCAAGGCCAAGAAGAGCGCGUAAGCCUUCGAUGUACGCUGUUAUGUGGCGGUUGCUUUGUAUGGCUUAUAGCAUGCUGUUUCCUCUCAUCUACUCGCCGCUUUCGCAAUCACUAUACGCUAACUGUGCACGGCUGUGGUGUGGGCCUUUGCAACGCCUUGCGUCCGGCGACGGGACUCGCCUGGGCGUGUUUUGUACUGCUCAUAGCUGUUCACUUAUGUCGACUCCUGGACGUCUAUAAGGCUCUGCUCGGUUUCCAGUGAGAAUUUCAGCGCUCCAUGUCUGCAUUGUCGUUAUAUGUAACUGUUGUCCAAUGCCAAGAGUUAGUCCAAUCGUC